AUGCUUCGCCUCGCAUUACUCUGCAUCGUAGCGGCUGUAGCUGAUCAGAACACCGCAGCCGCCUGUGCGGCAUCGGAUGCAUGCAAGGGGCCAGGAGAGCUCGGUGAGAGUGCUUUGGUACAGCUUGGGACCGCCGCAGCCGCCGCCCAGCCGAGGAUUGGAGGGGCCGCGGCCGGGGCCGCCGCCGAAGCCAUCGAGGCCAACUCGACGUUCGGUUCACAGUUGAUCACAGUCUACUGUGGUUUGAGUUGGCUCACACUUUGUUCAGAUGUUCCCAAGAAUUGGGAGCAGCACACUGGAGCCUUUGACCCGUCAAUGUCCACAGAGCCGCAAACAGCCUCGAAUCGAAGAAGGUCCAAAAUGAACUACAUCACGCUGGGCGGAGAUGGAGUGACAGGGGACCUUCCCAGCGCCGAUACGAUUAGCUCAAGCUCAAUCACCAAGGGUCAAGGGACCUGCUUGGUGAGUCAAUACGACAAUGCAGUACCCUACAAGGAUGACUUCGACUACUUUGGCAUCAUGAUUCAUGGGAGUUCGAUGACCUCUGGUUCAUAUACCAUUCCAGACGACCCAACAACUGGCACCACAUGGACAGAUAUCCAGAAGGAGUUGUCAAUCGCAAUGCCUUUUGGAUAUUUCUGGAAGAUUCUUGGCUCAAAGAUCGGCUCAGCGGCUCGACUUGCAUCACUCCCGAUGGGCGACUUGCACCUUGUUCACGCCCUUGGUUUGGAGGCUCCUUCGCAAAGGCUGUUGGACAGACUCAGUGACCGUGCCUUAGACCCAGCAGCUCCAAUCUUCGUUCCUCGGUGGAACCGUCCGCCUGCGCCCGUGGUGCAUGGAGGCAACGGUGCCGGGCAUGUCAAUGUCGGCGAGGCCAAUGUGGGGAUGGCCGAAGACCUUCAGCCCCCCGCCGCGGCCCCCGCUGUGGCCUCCGAAGGUCCAGCCAGCGACGGAAACGUUGCCUUCAGUGUUCUUGAGGCUCCUUCGCAAAGGCUGUUGGACAUACUCAGUGACCGUGCCUUAGACCCAGCAGCUCCAAUCUUCGUUCCUCGGUGGAACCGUCCGCCUGCGCCCGUGGUGCAUGGAGGCAACGGUGCCGGGCAUGUCAAUGUCGGCGAGGCCAAUGUCGGCGAGGCCAAUGUCGGCGAGGCCAAUGUCGGCGAGGCCAAUGUCGGCGAGGCCAAUGUCGGCGAGGCCAAUGUCGGCGAGGCCAAUGUCGGCGAGGCCAAUGUCGGCGAGGCCAAUAUCGGCGAGGCCCAAUGUCGGCGAGGCCAAUGUCGGCGAGGCCAAUGUCGGCGAGGCCAAUGUCGGCGAGGCCAAUGUCGGCGAGGCCAAUGUCGGCGAGGCCAAUGUCGGCGAGGCCAAUGUCGGUGA